GCGCAACGCCGCCUGCCCGAAGGACCCUUUUUUAACCAUUUGCUGCCCCAUCCUGCAUCAUCACCCUCUCCCCCUUCUACUCCUGCCCCCCAGCCCUCCAUCCGUUUUCAUCUCUGUUUUUUUCUCUCCUCCUCCGCUUCACCAUUCGUUACCGGGGUCGUAGCUUUCUCGGCUGCACAUCUCUACCCUACGGCGCCAUUGUUCGCGCUCAACGCGUGAUACAAAUCCUCUCCAGUCCUAGCCGACUCAACCUAGGUCUCUUCUUCCCGAGUCUCUUUCCAGGCCGAGGAACAUAAUCAUCAGCCCUACCUACCUGUCCUACCUGGACCCGCCCGCCACGAAGCAGGAAAAAAACUUGCUCGUCAUUCCUCUCAUCCUUUCCAGCAUCAACUACUUCCGAGCUUGCCUCCAGCAAUCAUGGCUUACCGCGGGGGGCACGAGAACGACUAUGACGGCCACAACAUGCAGGACCUUCCUGCUGGUUCUGGCAGGUACCACCUGCCGCCCCAGGACGAGGGUGUCGACGAUGCCGGCCAGUCUCUCCUGAGAGACCCUCAUGCACCUGCUCCUUACGAGAGCCACCUCGGCGCCGGCGAGACCCCCGGCCGCCCCGUUUCCGCAUACAGUCUCACAGAAUCAUAUGCGCCUGGCGCCGGUGCUCGGACACCAGUUCCCGGCGAGACCGCCUUUGCUUCUGGCUUCAGCCACGAGCUCGAUUCGGACGCCAAUGGAGGCGGCUUUGGCUACGGCCGUCCCGCCUCCACCGUCGAUGCCGACGAGAGCUGGACCCGCAGACAGCAGCCCGGCAACCAAGGUGGCGGUCUGAAGCGCUACGCGACCCGUAAGAUCAAGCUCACCCAGGGCUCCGUCCUGAGCAUCGACUACCCGGUCCCCAGUGCCAUCAAAAACGCCGUCCAGCCAAAGUACCGCGACGUCGAGGGCGGCAGCGAGGAGUUCAUGAAGAUGCGCUACACCGCCGCCACUUGCGACCCCAAUGAGUUCACCCUCAAGAACGGCUACGACCUGCGUCCCCGAAUGUAUAACAGACACACCGAGCUGCUCAUUGCCAUCACCUACUACAACGAGGACAAGAUGCUGUUGUCCAGAACCCUGCACGGUGUUAUGCAGAACAUCCGCGACAUCGUCAACCUCAAGAAGUCCACCUUCUGGAACAAGGGUGGCCCCGCCUGGCAAAAGAUUGUCGUCUGCCUCGUUUUCGACGGUAUCGAAAAGACCGACAAGAACGUCUUGGACGUUCUGGCCACUGUCGGUAUCUACCAGGAUGGUGUCGUGAAGAAGGAUGUCGACGGCAAAGAGACCCUUGCCCACAUCUUCGAGUACACCUCGCAACUGUCCGUCACGCCCAACCAGCAGCUCAUCCGCCCCGUCGACGACAGCCCCUCGACCCUGCCUCCCGUGCAGUUCAUCUUCUGUUUGAAGCAGAAGAACAGCAAGAAGAUCAACUCCCACAGAUGGCUCUUUAACGCCUUUGGCCGCAUCCUGAACCCUGAAGUCUGCAUCCUGCUCGAUGCCGGUACCAAGCCCAGUCCCCGAUCGCUGCUCGCCCUUUGGGAGGGUUUCUACAACGACAAGGACCUGGGUGGUGCCUGUGGUGAGAUUCACGCUAUGUUAGGCAAGGGCGGCAAGAAGCUUCUCAACCCCCUCGUCGCCGUCCAGAACUUCGAAUACAAGAUCUCCAACAUCUUGGACAAGCCUCUCGAGAGUUCGUUCGGUUACGUCUCCGUGUUGCCCGGUGCCUUCUCCGCCUACCGUUUCCGAGCCAUCAUGGGCCGCCCGCUUGAGCAGUACUUCCACGGUGAUCACACUCUGUCCAAGAUUCUCGGUAAGAAGGGUAUCGACGGAAUGAACAUUUUCAAAAAGAACAUGUUCUUGGCCGAGGAUCGUAUCCUCUGCUUCGAGCUGGUUGCCAAGGCCGGCCAGAAAUGGCACUUGUCCUACAUCAAGGCCGCCAAGGGUGAGACGGACGUUCCCGAAGGCGCGGCCGAGUUCAUCAGCCAGCGUCGUCGUUGGCUCAACGGCUCCUUCGCCGCCUCUCUCUACUCGCUCAUGCACUUCGGUCGCAUGUACAAGUCGGGCCACAACAUCAUUCGCAUGGUCUUCUUCCACAUCCAGCUCAUCUACAACAUCCUCCAGGUUCUCUUCACAUGGUUCAGCUUGGGUUCUUACUACCUGACUACAACGGUCAUCAUGGACCUUGUCGGGAAUGCGGUCGUUUCCGACGACCCCGAGUUGGCCCGUCACGGCUGGCCUUUCGGCGACACGGCGACACCCAUCGUUAACGCCCUGCUCAAGUACCUCUACCUGGCUUUCGUCAUUCUGCAGUUCAUCUUGGCUUUGGGUAACAGACCCAAGGGUUCCAAGUACACGUACAUCGCCUCCUUUGUCGUCUUCGGUCUCAUCCAGUCUUACAUCCUCGUUCUCUCCAUGUACUUGGUUGUUCAGGCUUUCCAGAAGCCCAUUGGCGAGCAGAUCAGUCUUGAUUCUGGCGCGGACUUUGUCGCUAGUUUCUUCGGAGGUACGAAUGCUGCUGGUGUCAUUCUCGUCGCCCUGGUCACCAUCUACGGUCUUAACUUCAUCGCCUCCUUCAUGUACCUCGACCCUUGGCACAUGUUUACCUCGUUCCCGCACUACCUCGUCCUCAUGUCGACGUACAUCAACAUUCUCAUGGUCUACGCCUUCAACAACUGGCACGAUGUGUCCUGGGGUACGAAGGGCUCAGACAAGACCGAGGCGCUGCCUUCUGCACACGUCAGCAAGGGUGAGAAGGACGAAGCCGUCGUGGAGGAAAUCGACAAGCCGCAAGAGGAUAUUGACAGCCAGUUCGAAUCGACUGUCAAGCGUGCUCUGGAGCCCUUCAAGCCCGAGGAAGAGGCAGACAAGCCUGACAUUGAGGAUUCCUACAAGUCUUUCCGUACCGGUCUGGUCGUGUCUUGGCUCUUCUCGAACACCUUCUUGAUCAUUGUCAUCACGAGCGAUAACUUCGACUCGUUUGGCAUUGGCGAUACCGCAUCCAAGCGCACCGCCUCGUACUUCAGCUUUUUACUGUACUCCACUGCCGUCCUUUCGUUGGUCCGUUUCUUCGGAUUCCUUUGGUUCCUCGGCAGAACCGGUAUCAUGUGUUGCUUUGCCAGACGGUAGGCGGCCAGCGGGGUUGUACCCAGCCGAGCGACACGCUUUUCAACGCCGGCCGGGGGUGUAUCAGAGGGAAGACUGUACUCUUGCCAACUUUGGCUCAAUGCAACGAAUCCGCCGGUGUUUACAUUCAGGGUAUGUGUUUAGUAAUACAGGACACGGGACUCGACGGAUUCUUGAUGAAGUGGGCGGAAGCUCAGUAAAAAAGUAGUUUCGAUUAAGCAGCAUUCAUGGCGUUUUUACACGAGUACAAUACCUUGCGCUUAUUUUACCAGACAAUGAUUAUUC